AGAAGAAGAAGAAGAAGAAAAAGAAGAAGAAGAAGAAGCGGUAGAACAGCUGCCUCGGAGACCUCCGGUUUCUAAUUGUUUUUUCACGGUUUUCGCGCCUUUCUCACCGGGAGAACGUGGAAGCAGCAGCACCGGCAGAAUCAUGAGUGGACGCGGGGACGACGGCGGUCAGAGCUCGGGCUCCCAGGAGCCCGCAGGGGCCUCGGAACCACAGAAGAGGAGGCCGGGGAGACCGAGGAAGCCCCAGAAGGAGCCAAGCGGAGAGCCGGUCCCUAAGCGACCAAGGGGCCGUCCCAAAGGAAGUAAGAACAAGGGCCCGUCCAAGGCAGCCCAGAAGAAAACUGAAGCAACUGGGGUGAAGAGACCGAGGGGGAGACCCAGGAAAUGGAUGUUGAUUUGUCACAGCAGCUGUUGUCUCCAACAAUCUGCUGGAUUCUCGUCCACGUUGGAGAAAAAGACUCGCUGCUCCAACGUACGUCUCUGUGAAUCUGCUGAAUCGUCAUGGAAACGUGAACGCGAUGCUUCGGUGUUGUCGUUCUACGAAGGAUGAGUUUACGUUUACGUUUGCCUGCGUCCGUGGUGAUUGAACAGUUGUCCUUCAAACGUCGUGAAAUGACUCAUCAAAGGGUCAGUGUUUGAUUGACAGGUGGGUGUAUCAAACCCUGCUGAGGCUCAGCUCCAACGACUGACGUCUUACUGAGAAAAUGAUUGACAAAAGAAUCACUUUUAUGGAAGUGAGUCUUUGUUGGAAGUUGUUGAGCAGUGGUGGGUGUCGACGUUGGGCUCCUGCGUGAUGAUUGGACGAACUGUUUAAAGCACGUGUUUCUCAUUGAUAAAUGCUCGGGGUGUUAGAAAAUUUCGAUAGAGUGAAGUAUCUCCUGAUCUGUCCUCUCCUGAUCCCGUAUCAAUCUCCUCAGUCAUUGAUCAGUUAUUGAUUUUUUUCUCUCCAAUUCUCAGUCCAAUAUUCCUGGUGUUGGUUCA